GCACUAGUACUUGCAGCUCUGCUUUGCGAGCGGGUGGAGCUAUUUAUGAGACUGCGGUAGUCGUUCGUUAUCUCCUUCAUCCCUGCUGCCAGUACUGCGUCCCGCUGCACGAUUCCACCUGAGCUAGGAGAGCACUGCUUUGGGUGCAGGCUAACACAUCGCUGUGCUAGCGUCGAGAGCUAUGGAGUUCUUCGGCAGCGAUAGCGACGACGACGGCAUCGACCCGCUCCAAGAGCUCCUGGCGGCAUGCAUGCGCAUCGUGCCGCCCCUGGCCGGCAGGCGGCCGGCGCUGCGCCUCAUGGACCACGCGGGGCGCUUCGCAACGCAGGCGGCCGCGGCGGGUUUUGAUGUUGUCGACGGUGACUGCGACGUGGUGCUGAUCGCCAGCGUGUAUGACUUUUCACGCUUACCAUGCGGCGUCGUCGCCGCGCUCGGGCAAACCGGUGAGAUACCGGGCUGGGAGACUGCGUGGGCCGGCGACGGGGCCGCGGUCUACCGCAAGCUCCCCGCCGUCGAUAGGGUAGGAUGCCCGCCGCGGCCGCCCGCUGAUAUGAAUGAGGCCUGUCGAUGCGCCCGACUUGUGGUAGAGACGCGGCGCGCGGCCGGUCGACUGCCCGCCGAGGCCUACGUGGACCGCGCGGCGCGCAUCCUGCGGAAGGAGGGCGUCGUUAUUUUACCUGGUCUUUUGGACGCGGCCGACGCCGACGCCCUGUGCCAGGAUGCGUUGGACGACUUUGAAAGGUGCCGCCAGGAACUGGUGAAGAAAGGGAAGGGCGACCUCGCGGCGGCCCAACAGCAGCACAACUACCGCGAGCUGGCGAUGCGCGAGGAUCUGAGGUGUGAUCUGAGGGGCACUCCAUCACUAACCAGUGAAGAGGGUGUCGAGCGUCGAAACCGCUUGCGCCAAAAUGAAGCGAUCCGCGAGAUCUGUCGGAGGGCGGCGACGGCGCCCCCAUCACAACAUAGGGAGGGCAACUACGGGCUGUGGAACUUUGACUUGGGCGGUCCGGGAGCGCCCAAGAAGGCCUUGGAUGCAGGAGCCAUCGGUUCUGUAAUAGCGCUGCCGGGCUGCGCCGAGCAGGCGCUGCACGCGGACGCGCCUCAUAUCUAUGAUGGAGUGCACCUGCCGGGCCACUACUACAACUGUUUUUUGUAUGGUGGGGAGGCUUCGAACGAACCAAAAGCGGGGCAGACGGGCUUCGUCCCCGGAAGUCAUUUCUGCGAGGCGUGCGCGGCGCUCGUGAAGGACGCGCCGCGUAACGUCGCUGCCGGGAUCGUGCGGCCGCGGCUGGCGUCGGGCGACGCCCUGAUCUUCGACGCGCGCAUUUUACAUUUUGGCCUGCCGAACCGGUCUUCCAAGAGACGCGCGAUCGUCUACUGCAACCACACGGAGUACUGGUUCCGCGACCCGAAGAACUGGGACGACCGCGUGUCCGUCUUUGAUGACUCGUAAGGUUGUGUUUUUUGUG